AUCUUAGAAGAUCAAGCACUCCAAAAAUGUUUCCUCUGAAGGAUGCUGAAAUGGGUGCCUUUACCUUCUUUGCUUCAGCUCUGCCACAUGAUGUUUGUGGAAGCAAUGGACUGCCUCUCACACCAAACUCCAUCAAAAUUUUAGGACGCUUUCAAAUUCUUAAGACCGUCACUCAUCCCAGAUUGUGCCAGUAUGUGGAUAUUUCUAGGGGAAAGCAUGAAAGACUGGUAGUCGUGGCUGAGCACUGUGAACAGAGUCUGGAAGACCUGCUUCGGGAAAGGAAACCUGUAAGGUACUGUGUAGUAUCAGGACCAGUAAAUAAAAAGUAGAAAGUGUUAAACCCAAAAGCAUUUUUAUUAGAAACUGCAGGACUUUGAUUCCUUCUGUUUUUGUUUAAUAUAAAAUAUACUGGCAAAUGUUCAUCUUAAGAAAUUUAAUGCAUAGGCCAUUUAGACAUGCAGUGUUAACAUUG